AUGUUUCGUUGGCUGGAAAGGAUUGUAUUAGCUUGUUGCGAACCUUUAAGUCGAUAUCUCCCUUCAAGCAGGGGUGAAGAUUACCCAUUGAUAUGGUAUAAAGACCUUGAGAAACAUUCAUGUGGGAAGUUCUCUUGUGCUAUGGUACAGGGUAAUCCAGUAUGUGAAGAUUAUAGCCACGUUGAACCAGGUCGUCAAGGUACCUUUGUUGGGAUUUAUGAUGGCCAUGGUGGCCCUCAAGCUUCAAGAUUUGCCUGUGAUCACCUUAGCCGCCAUUUAAUAAGGUUUGCUCGAGCAAGGGGAACAAUAGAUGAAGAAGUCCUUAAUAAUGCCGUCGCUGCAACUGAAGAAGCCUUCCUUGAUUAUGUGAGGGAGAGAUUUGAAGCUGACCCAUUGAUUGCGUCAAAGGGGUCCUGCUGUCUGGUUGGUGUUAUCUGGAAUGGGACAUUAUAUGUUGCUAACCUGGGGGACUCUAGAGCAGUAUUAGGUCAUAAUCAUAUAGAAAGACCCGAUAGGAUUGUUGCUCUGCAAUUGACUCAUGAUCAUAAUGCCAGUAACGUCGCGGUCAGGAAUGAACUGAAUGCUUCGCACCAAGACGAUCCAAACAUUGUGGUUUAUGUCAAUGAAGCAUGGCGUGUUAGAGGCAUUAUACAGAUAACUAGAGCACUUGGAGAUGCAUAUCUGAAGCACCAAGAAUUUGCUCUUGGUACAAAUUUCCCAAGAUUCCACCUUAAAGUACCUAUUACGCAGCCAGUAGUAAGAGCUGAUCCAGAAGUAUUUUCAAGAAACUUACAACCAGUUGAUAGAUUUGUUAUAUUUGCUUCUGAUGGGCUGUGGGAUCUCUUAACCAAUGAAAAGGCUGUAGAAAUUGUGAAUACCUACCCUAAAAAGGGCAUAGCUAGAAGACUACUUGUAUCAGCCCUGGAUGAGGCGGCAAGACGUGUAAAGAUCAAGUAUGAUGAACUUAAGAAGGUUGGCAUAAAUGAGAGGAGGACCUUUCAUGAUGAUAUAACAGUGGUGGUCAUCUUUAUAGAUCACAACAUGCUGAAUAGAGAAUUAUCUGUGCCUGGAAUGUCAGUUCGAGGAUUUGUAGACGCUGCUCCUCGACGAUCAAAUUUCAAUAUUGUUCAGCAACAGCCUGGCAGUGAGGAAGAACUCGAUGACAUGCCAUAA